UGGGAGAAUUUAUCAGAUUCUGAUCUGAAAGUACUAUUCAAAUGGAAUGUGUGAUUAUGUGAAAUUAUGCUAAACCAGAUGAAUGAAACACAUGUUCAGUAUACUGCAAACCCUUGAGACAAUUUUUUUCCUGCUUGGAAUGAUUAACUGUUGGUGUAUGAAAAUCCCAAACAACAGAAUCAUAGCAAGCAUUUGGGAAGAAGCAAACAUCUACCUGGAUCUGAGCUCUCACUUCCAAUUAGCCUCAUCUAUAGCUCCAUAUUCUUUGCUUUGGCAGUGUUCCUCAGGUCUGAAUACGUGCAAUCUUCAACUCAGUAAACCCCAUUCCUCUAACUGCACUGUGCUAAACGGUACAAAUACUCCUCUGCUGGUUUUAUCACGCAACAGACAAAUAAUCCAACACAGCCACAAGUCAGGGAUAUCUUCACCACUUCCCUCAGAUUCCUUCAAAUAUCUUAUUUGGCAUGAGUUAGAAGAACAUGACGUUAGAGGAAAUCAGAUUCGUUGCCCCCGAGUGAGGGAAGGGCCUUUAGAAGAAGAGCUGUUCUUCAGAGGAGAAGGGCAUAUUUUGCAAGCCAGAAAACAAACGACAGAAAAAGAGAAAUGGCAACAGAAAUGUCAAGAGAACUGGGAAAACUGUAGUAAUUUGAACCUUUCAUUUCAGGACUUGGGAGACCUUUACCAGGUGGAUAACUUUAAGAGGAUUCUAAGGAGGUUAAUUCGAGUUGAAAGGCUUUGGUUGGUGGACAAUUCUUUGACAGACCUAAGUGCCAUAAGGUUGCCAAGAUGCAAAGAAUUAAACAUCAGUAAAAAUCAUUUUACAUCCUUCAAACAGCUGCCAAAGAUGCCUCAGAUUCAGCGCUUGGCACUAGCUGAAAACAACAUUGAGACAUUAAGUGGAAUAUCAGACUUGAAAUAUACUCCACUAGAAUCCCUCAUACUCGAGAGAAACCCCUGCGAGUUUCAAGAAAACUACAGGCAGCUAGUCUUCUCCAGUUUGCCAAACUUGAAAAUGUUGGAUGGAGUCCCAAAACUGCCAGAGGAUUGUCCACCGCCCAAAAUCAGAUUUCUUUCAAAAAUGUGUACUAUAUUGUAGCACUGUGUUUUGGAACUAACGGAUUUGCAUUGGUUAAGGGAAUUUAUAAAUCAUGUAUAUAAAUGUUAU